AUCACAUUUUUUCUGUAACAUAUGAAUAAAAACGUUACUAAAAAAUCAGUAUUUUAGCGAAAUCCCUCGACCACUCAAGAAGAAAAUCCCUAACAAAUCUCAGAAAGAUGUGGUUUUUUGGAUCGAAAGGAGCAUCUGGAUUCUCGUCUCGUUCCACUGCAGAGGAAGUCACACAUGGUGUUGAUGGGACUGGCCUCACUGCCAUAAUCACAGGAGCAUCGAGUGGUAUAGGUGUAGAGACAGCUCGUGUUCUUGCACUGCGUGGUGUGCAUGUGGUUAUGGCAGUGAGAAACACUAGCUCUGGUGCUAAAGUUAAGGAAGAUAUUGUCAAGCAAGUACCCGGAGCUAAACUCGAUGUCAUGGAGUUAGAUCUCAGCUCAAUGGAAUCUGUCAGGAAAUUUGUAUCUGAGUACAAAUCUGCUGGUCUUCCACUCAACCUCUUGAUCAACAAUGCGGGGAUCAUGGCAUGUCCUUUUAUGCUCUCUAAGGACAACAUCGAGCUGCAAUUUGCAACCAACCAUGUAGGACAUUUUCUGCUGACCAAACUUCUGUUAGAUACAAUGAAGAACACGUCACGUGAAAGCAAAAGAGAAGGAAGGAUUGUUAACGUAUCAUCAGAAGCUCAUCGUUACUCGUACCCAGAAGGAGUCCGCUUUGAUAUGAUCAACGACAAGUCAAGUUACAGUAGUAUACGUGCUUAUGGACAAUCUAAACUCUGCAAUGUAUUGCAUGCCAACGAGCUUGCAAAGCAACUGAAGGAAGAUGGAGUCAAUAUAACAGCAAAUUCACUUCAUCCAGGAGCCAUUAUGACAAAUCUAUGGGGCUACUUCAACUCCUAUUUGGCUGGAGCUGUCGGUGCAGUGGCUAAAUAUAUGGUCAAGUCUGUUCCGCAGGGGGCGGCAACAACUUGCUAUGUGGCAUUGAAUCCACAGGUUGCAGGAGUUACAGGGGAAUACUUCUCAGAUUGCAACAUUGCUAAACCAUUACCACUUGUCAAAGACACAGAAUUGGCCAAGAAGGUUUGGGAUUUUAGCACUAAGCUUACCGAUUCGCAAUCAGGAGAAAAGGAAGUCACACAUGGUGUUGAUGGGACUGGCCUCACUGCCAUAGUCACAGGAGCAUCAAGUGGUAUAGGAGUGGAGACAGCGCGUGUUCUUUCACUGCGUGGUGUACAUGUGGUUAUGGCGGUGAGGAACACUGACUCUGGUGCUAAAGUUAAGGAAGAUAUUGUCAAGCAAGUCCCUGGAGCUAAACUCGAUGUCAUGGAGUUAGAUCUCAGCUCAAUGCAAUCUGUCAGGAAAUUUGCAUCUGAGUACAAAUCUGCUGGUCUUCCACUCAACCUCUUGAUCAACAAUGCCGGGAUUAUGGCAUGUCCUUUUAUGCUCUCUAAAGACAACAUCGAGCUGCAAUUUGCAACCAAUCAUUUAGGUCAUUUUCUGUUGACCAAACUUCUUCUAGAUACAAUGAAGAACACAUCGCGUGAAAGCAAACGAGAAGGAAGGAUUGUUAACCUAUCAUCAGAAGCUCAUCGGUUCUCGUACCCAGAAGGAGUCCGUUUUGAUAAGAUCAAUGACAAGUCAAGUUACAGUAGUAUGCGAGCUUAUGGACAGUCUAAACUCUGCAAUGUGUUGCACGCCAACGAGCUUGCAAAACAACUGAAGGAAGAUGGAGUCAAUAUAACAGCAAAUUCGCUUCAUCCAGGAGCCAUUAUGACUAACCUCGGGCGCUACUUCAACCCCUAUUUGGCUGGAGCUGUUGGUGCAGUCGCUAAAUAUAUCCUCAAGUCUGUUCCGCAGGGGGCGGCAACAACUUGCUAUGUGGCAUUGAAUCCUCAAGUUGCAGGAGUUACAGGAGAAUACUUCGCAGAUAGCAACAUUGCUAAACCAUUACCACUUGUCAAAGAUACAGAAUUGGCCAAGAAGGUUUGGGAUUUCAGCACUAAGCUUACCGAUUCGCAAUCAGGAGAAAGUAGUUCUUGAAAGUAAAUAGAUGUUCAGUGAACCUUACUAUAAUACUUCUGACGUUUCAAUGUCUAUUGUGACAAAACUUAUUUCAGUCUUUAAUUAUCAAAGGAAAUAAAAUGUAUAACGAACCUGAAUCAUUUCAAUUCUGCAAUAAGGUGGUUUACUUCUGUUUCUGACCGGUUUAGUUCUCAACCACAAGCUUCGAAUUCAAACAGAAGAAGAAGCCACGAGGAGACAAUACUGUCAAUGCAUUAUUAAAGUGAUUGAUGGUCA